UCAAAAUUAAUCUGUCUUGUCUUUUGCCUUGGGUGUUUGGUUGUUUGUUGUUCUAUUUGUUUGCAUUUCUGUGUAUAACUUCUCAACUCCAAGCUUUUAUAAUAUUUAAACAUGUCUGUAAAUGAAGCCAAGAAAAGAAAAUUGUCUGAAGGCAGUAGUUCUAGUGAGCCAGCACCAGUAAAGAAGCCAAAUCACAUACAAUGUCCUUACUUGGACACUAUCAACCGCCAUGUCCUCGAUUUUGACUUCGAAAAGCUAUGUUCGGUGUCAUUGACACGAAUAAACGUAUAUGCAUGCUUGGUCUGCGGGAAAUAUUUCCAGGGCCGUGGAACCAACACUCACGCAUACACACACUCGGUGGCAGACAGUCACCAUGUGUUCCUCAACCUUCAUACAUUGAAGUUUUACUGUCUACCAGACAAUUAUGAAGUUAUAGAUUCAUCUCUAAACGACAUCAAGUAUGUCCUGAAUCCUAUCUUUGAGUCAGACUCAAUAACCCAGUUGGACUUCAACACCAAGAUGUCCAGAGCUAUUGAUGGCACCAUGUACAUGCCGGGUAUUGUCGGCCUGAACAAUAUAAAGGCCAAUGAUUACUGCAAUGUAAUAUUACAGUGCCUAUCCCAAGUGCGUCCGCUCCGCAACUACUUCCUCCGCGAAGAGAACUAUGCAGACGUCAAGCGGCCGCCCGGAGACUCCAUGUUCCUAUUGGUGCAGCGGUUCGGCGAGCUGCUGCGCAAGCUGUGGAACCCGCGCGCGUUCAAGGCGCACGUGUCCCCGCACGAGAUGCUGCAGGCCGUCGUGCUGUGGUCCAAGAAGCGCUUCCAGUUCAUUAAGCAGAGUGAUCCUAUUGAUUUCCUGUCGUGGUUCCUGAACUCACUUCACAUGGCGUUGAAUGGAACAAAGAAGCCAAAUAGCUCCAUAAUAUACAAGUCAUUCCUGGGACACAUGAAAAUAUACACGCGGAAGCUGCCGCCCCCCGAAGCGGAGGACGCGGCGAAGGUGGACCUGGACAGCGACGAGUACCGCGAGCUGGUGACGGAGUCCCCGUUCCUGUACCUCACGUGCGACCUGCCGCCCACGCCGCUCUUCACCGACGAGUUCCGGGAGAACAUCAUACCCCAGGUGAACCUAUACCAGCUGCUCUCCAAGUUCAACGGGCAAGCGUCGAAGGAAUACAAAACUUACAAGGAGAAUUUCCUAAAGAGAUUUGAGAUCACAGAGCUGCCCCCGUACCUCAUUCUGUACAUCAAAAGAUUCACCAAGAACACUUUCUUCGUUGAAAAGAACCCCACUGUUGUCAACUUUCCAGUCAAGAACGUCGACUUCGGAGACAUCCUAACGCCGGAGGUGAAGGCGAAGUACAAGGGCAAGACGACGUACGAGCUGGUGGGCAACAUCCUGCACGACGGCACGCCGGAGAAGGGAACGUACCGGUGCCACGUGCUGCACAAACCUACGCAGCAGUGGUACGAAAUGCAAGAUCUCCACGUGACCAGCAUAUUGCCCCAGAUGAUAACCCUGACAGAAGCAUACAUCCAAAUCUAUGAAUUAAAACAAGACUAGUAUUUAAGUAUAAAAUAAAACAAAAAAUCCCGCUUA